CUAGUAAGAACUAUCACCAACUCUAGAACGAAAGCAGUAAAUAAGUUUGAGUAGAUUCGGUGAACUAAACAGCGAGUCGUUAAUUCGUCGGUGACUAUAUUGUUCAUUUCAUAUAGGUCAUUUUGUGAUAAAUACGGAAGCUGUCUCUAACCAUCUUGACUUUAUUAUUUGUUGCAACUUUGUUAUCGUGAUUAUUGUGAUACUUUACUGUUGUCUUAAGUGAGCAACAUAACCUAUUGAAUACAGUGAUUUCUCGUGCUCUCAAACGUACAUAGAUGCAUAUUCGAAAGUUUAAUUUCAAAUAAACUAGCAAACUCGUUGAUUAGUUAUUAUUUUUAACGUUUUUGUACGUAUUUGUGCAAUAAGAAAUAUUGUUUGGUGAUUUUUGAUUGAUAUAAACAUACUCUGGGCUUGAAACAUAAAUCAUUCGAGAUCUACUUCAGAUUCUUUUUUCAAUUUUAACAAAUCUAAAACAAAAAUGGGUGAACCAAUGGAUUUUGAUGAAAUGGAUAGCCUCAAUGACUUUGAUAAUCUCCUCGAAGACGGCGAAUGCGAGGAGUCGCACCGCGUUAGUCGAACAAAGAUACCAAAUAUCGUAGAAUCUAAAAUUGAGCAUGUGGACACAAAAAAGUCAAAUAUGUUUGUAACUGGUGUAGAUAUUUUCAGCAAAGAAGCCAAAUUUAAAGCAGACAAACGAGCUAAACGAUUUGGUAUUUCACAAGGGACUGAAAAAAGUAUUUCAAAUGAUGCUGAAAAUUUAUAUGUCAGUUUUGGAAUCGACAAACACAGUGAGAGUGCCAAGAACUUUCAACUAAAUGCUUUACAUAUGCGAGGCAUUGAAAAUAUGACAACCAAAGAUAUUUUCAAGUACUUUGAAGAUUAUGCACCUGCUUCUGUUGAAAGAAUAAGUAAAAUAUCAUGUAAUGUUAUUUGGUUAGACGAUAUGUCUGCAGCUCGAGCUUUAUUAGGACUCUCAAAAAAGAUAGAAGGAAUAAAAAACGAGUAUCAUAAAGGAUUAUCUGAUGCAGAUUCUGAAGAAGAUCCAGAUGAACUUAUUGUCAAUGGAAAACUUAAAAGAGAUGAUAAUGUAGUGCAUAUCAAAGAUAUUCGUUGCCCAUUACCCAAUGGUAUUUGGAGAAAAGGGCAGAAUUACAUGGAGUCCAGAAAUAUAUUUUUACGCUUUGCAACACUUUCAGAUAAGCAACUAAUUCAUGCUAAGCAAAUGGCUGGGUAUAAAAGCCAGUAUGAAAGACAAGAUAAAGGAAUUGUGUCAUCAUCUAGAAAACGCCGUCUAAGGGAGGAAAGAGAGAAUAUUCAAACUGCUAGUGUACCAUCAACCGAGGAUUCUCCCAAAAUGGAAAUCUCACAAACUUCAAUUCCUAAAAAUGGAGCUGCCACUAAAAAUCCAUGGGGUACACUUUCAGAAAAUUGGGGGGUAACCGAUUUCGUUGAGGAUGACUAUUUGCCAAAGUCGUUUCCUGAAACUAAUGUAAGAGAGAGACUCGGUAUUAAAAGAAAAAGGGGUUACAAUGAUGGAUAUAAUCCUAAUGUGAUUAUUCUAUCUGAUGAUGAAGAAUACCAAGAGGAUGAGUAUGAUAACUCAAAUAAUGAAAAUGGUGAUGAUGAGUAUUGUAAUAGAUAUAAAAGUAGCUACGAUGAUAGGUACGCAAUAUCGCCUUCAAUUACAAAACCUUACAUCAAAUUUAAUGAAACAAGUCAAUCAGAUGGUUCAGUAAGUGAUGAAGAAGAUUGGCAUGUCAGAAAUAAAUUCCCUAGAAUGCGAAUGCAUGCUGAUGAUGAAGAAAAAAAAGUUCACAUGAGGAUAGGGCAAAAAAGAAAUCACAGAACAUCAUAUGUUAGUGAGAUUAUAUCACCAAUAUCACCAAAUAAAGAUCUUAGGAAAAAAUUGAUAGCCAAGCGUAAGCAACCACUUACACAACAAGAACCAAUUCAAGUGAUUGUUGCAAACCCAAUUGCUAUAAAGAGUAAUUUUAAUAAUGUUAUUUUAACCGAGGAUGAAGAGGAUGACGAUGAAAUAGAAAGAAAUCCAAUCAUUGAAGAAGUUGAAGAAGAUGGAGAGAUCAUUGAUGAUUCUGAUGAAGACACUACUGAAGAAUAUGAUGAUAAUGAUGAUGAAAUAAAAAUAGAAACAGAAAAAAAUAUAUCAGAAGAUGAAGCAACAUAUUCCGAUUCAGAUUCGAAUAGUUAUUCACAUUCUAGUGAAUCUUGUAUAGAAAAAGAAGUACAAGGUUCAAAAGGAAGUGUUAUUAAAAAAAUAUCACAAAAGCCAAGAUUACAAUCUACAGUAUCAUCAGUUUUAAAUAGACUAAGUCCUCCUGAAAGUAGUUACAAAAGUUAUAAGAAAUCAAGAAAUCCUAUUCAUCAAAAGAAAAAUUAUCAAAGAGAAAAGAGAAAAGGUAGUCCAAAAUAUAUAUCUACAUCUCAAGAUUUGCGACACCGAUUGCCAAAAACUGAUUUGAGAUUACGUAUUGGAGUCAACAACAAAAGAAAUCGAUCACCAUUAAGGAUAGAGUUGAGGAACGACAAGUAUUCAGCGCGCCAUCGCGAUUCGAAUUAAAUUAAAAAUUGAACAAAUUCAACAAAUAAAUAAGUUCAUACAUAAGUUUCAUAAGUAACCAAUUUCAAAAACUUAAGGCUGUAUCUAUUUGUUAAGUUUAUUUAGGGCUGCUUUUAGUCACUGCGACAGUUACAAAAAAAUAAUUGACAAAAUUUCAUAAAUAAGUUUUUUUAAAUAUUUAUGUUAGUGCAUAGUGCAUACAGAUAUUUACUUAUCAAUUGUUAAGUAUAAAGUGUAUGAAAAAUAAAACUUUGGAUAACAUAAUUUGAUCAUGCCUUAUGUCUUAUGUUUCAUUCAGGUUUAAGAAUGCAUAAAAAUUGUGAAUGUUUUUACACUAUUACUUUAUUGAAUUAAAUUUUAACUAUCGAAA